AUGAGACAACUUACAGAAGAAGAAACUAAAGUCGUUUUUGAGAAAUUGGCUGGUUAUAUAGGUAGAAAUAUUUCAUAUCUAGUAGAUAACAAAGAGCAACCUCAUGUAUUUAGAUUACAAAAAGAUAGAGUCUAUUAUGUGUCUGAACAUGUUGCUAAGCUAGCUACUUGUGUGGCUAGACCUAACUUGAUGUCUCUGGGUAUUUGUUUAGGUAAAUUUACAAAAACUGGUAAAUUUAGAUUACACAUUACUUCAUUAACUAUAUUAGCCAAGUAUGCAAAAUAUAAGAUUUGGGUUAAACCAAAUGGUGAAAUGCCAUUCUUAUAUGGUAACCAUGUUUUAAAAGCUCAUGUAGGUAAAAUGUCUGAUGAUAUCCCAGAACAUGCUGGUGUUAUUAUCUUUUCCAUGAAUGAUAACCCAUUGGGUUUCGGUGUAAGUGCGAAGAGUACUUCAGAAUCAAGAGAUUUAGCUCCAACUGCUAUUGUCGCAUUCAGACAAUCUGAUAUUGGUGAAUACUUGAGAGAUGAAGAUACUUUGUUCACAUGA